AAAUUUUCUGAUUUGAUAUGAUUUCUGUGUGUUUGUGUCUCUGCAGACUCACUGAUGUUGGGGACAGAGGUGGACCUGCAGCAGGUGGAGAACAGCGUUUUCGCCAUGGAGACGGUGUUAAAGGCGUGGCUUCAGGAGCAGGGAGGAGAGAGGGAGCACCUCCACCUGCUGCUGCCCAGCCCCUCUGACAACCCGCUUCCAGUUUGUGUGAAGUGUGACAUGCUGGAGCGUCUGAUAAGCCCCGCCCUCAUCCCCAUGACCCCCAGCCUGGGCGUCAAGACAGAGAGCAUUCGAGACUUCCUGCCGGCGGUCAAGGGCCCCGGAAAUCAAAGCCCGACUCCUCAGAGGCUGAGAGUGAUCAAGUAA